GGGAGCGCGCGCGCCGCGUCUGACGUCUCACUCGCGCGCCGCCGCUCGCCACAGCUCCACGAUCGAACGACUCACGUCCGCGCCCGGUGUCGUAUUACAGCUCUAAAUAUAACUCGCGAGCGCGAUCGCCAAUUUAGAAACGGUCUCGCGCCGUGUUUUAAACCAGUGAUUGACAGUGCUAAGUGAAGAAUACUACCCUGAUCGUCGAGCUAUCGGCCGCCGAAAUGGCACAGUUAAUAACUGUGCGGUUGAACAAAGCCGACCAACAGCCCUUGGGUUUCCGUCUGCAGGGCGGCAAAGACUUCGGCACACCUCUUGUUGUUCAGAAGGUAAAUGGUGGUAGUGCAGCGGAACGCGCUGGUCUCCAGGCUGGCGACGCCCUGAUCCGCGUCAACACCACUGACGUAUACCUGUUGCGUCAUCAAGAGGCUCAGGACGCCAUCCGCGCCGCUGGAGGCAACCUCGAACUCACCGUACAACGUGGAGGCGGCACUUGGCGUCCGUCCGUCACUCCGACCGGCAGCCUGCCCAGGCCUGGUUCCAGAUCCAUCGGCAGUACCCCGACCCUCGUCACCAACACCUCGCUCAAGGCCACGCCGCAACCAUCCCGCGCUUUUGGCUCCGGACACAACAAUGUUGCUAAACCCUUUGGCUACAUGAACGGCAACGACUCAGUCAAGAGCAUAGUGAACAAACAGUACAACACCCCUGUCAAUAUGUACAGCGACAAAACCAUCGCGGAGACGCUCUCGGCGCAAACUGAAGUCCUGGCUGGAGGAGUCCUGGGAGUGAACUUUAAGAAAAAUGAGAAGACAUACGAUGCAGAAAAAAGUGCCGUUUUCAAGGUUCUGCAAGAGGAACAGAACGACCCCGAACCAGAGCCUUCUCACUUUUACUCGCGAGCGAGCGUGGCGCGCGCGGGCACGCCGUGCAGCCUGCACCGCACGCACCGGUCGCGCUCGCGCACGCCGCGCGUGCUGGCGGGCACGCCGCAGCCGCCGCCGCCCGUGGCGCGCGCCAGCACGGGCACGCAGACGCCGCAGGAGCAGCUGGCGCCCGAGCCGCCGCACCGGCCCAGCAUCCCCAUGGGCUGCCACGAGGUGCUGCCGGACGGCCGCAUCGCGCUCGGCGCGCCCGCGCUGCCGCAGCCCCGCGACGCGCUGCCGGUCGUCAACGACACCCCCUAUUGCUCCGACUGUAAUCGCUACAUUAUCGGUGUGUUCGUGCGCAUCAAGGACAAGAACCUGCACGUGGAAUGCUUCAAGUGCUCGACGUGCGGCACUUCACUCAAAAAUCAGGGCUACUACAACCUGAACGGGAAACUGUAUUGUGACAUUCACGCUAAGCUCGUCGCCCGCAACAACCCGCCUGCGCCCAAUCUUGAACCUGUUACCGUGCCUCCUGGCAGCAGGAUCCCUAGCAACACAUACUCGACUCCGCUGCCACCACUGGCGACUAACAACUACACCAAUGGAUCGUCUUCUCUGUUCAGCCCAUCAAGCAACCUGUCUGGACCGAAGCCAUUCGGAUCCUCAAUCGGGUCUGCCUACUCUCCAUCGCUGUCUCCUCGCUCAGCGCCGAUGUCGCCCGCGCGGCCGGUCACCGCGCCCGCACCAGCGCCGGCCCCACUGGUCGCUCCAGCCCCGGCCCCUGUACCUCCACCAGCGGCUCCAUUCGCGCCCACACAAAAUGUAAAAAGCAUUGUGUGGCCCCCACCCGCCAAUCCCUCUGAUGAUGAACCGCCAAAGUAUGACCCCAGUAUGAAGCCUGCGGCUCCUGCUUGUGGGAAAGAAAUUAUAUCGCAGUCGGUCAACAAAAUCAUUAAAGACACCGAAUCAAACAUUGCGAAUAUGCAACAACAAAUGGAACAAUUUGUAACAUCUUCAAAACAAAUAGAAGAAUUUUCAUCAAGUGUUUCGUAUGCUUCUGCGGCAAUGUCUUCUAUGACUGCAACCACUAAAUCCGAAUCUAUUGCACAAAGCAAACAAUCCCAAAUAAUGCAAGAAUCUACGAGUCAAACCAUACAGUCGUAUUCACAGGAGUCCUCAAAAUGCCAAAGUAAAACUUUAUAUGAAGCACAAACUUGCCCUUCAAAGGGCGAUAAUCCUGUAAGCAAAAUUGAAAAAGUUCAAACCAUUCAAUCUAAAGAAGACGUACAGUCUAAAAUUUCUGAAAGCAAAAUUGUAAAAAUAUCUGAUCCUCCAAAAGUUGAAGAUAAGAGACAAGUUAUUCAGAAUACUGAAUCUAACAUUGAAUGUGCUAGUCAAAAUGUAAGACAAGAAUCAAACACUAAUAAACCUGUAGAAAGUCAUGAAGUCGUAAGUAAUAAUGAACAAGUUAGUCAAACGAAAGAAGCUGCAGUGCAGAAUGAAGUUCGUGGAUCACAAGUUACGGCACAACUAGAAAAUAAAUACAAUGAGAAAACCAACAUACAAUCGGAAACUUCUAAGUUAGGCACUAUGCAAACCUGCAAUAACCCGGUAUCCCAGCAAAAUGUGGCAGGAUCACUCGUAGAUGCAUUAACAACUGCACCGGAUCGCCCAUAUUCACCAUUACCUCAACCUUGUCAGCCUAUCAGUAUAACCGGACAACCUAUAUGUGAAGAAAAACCAGUUCAGCAUUUAGAGGAACAACAGAUCGAGUCACAAGAGAUGGCUGAAAUAAAUAGAACGCAGUUGCCUGCACAACAAUCACCGAUGUUCAUGCAAGAAAAACGUGCUGUUUCACCAAUACCACCCAUAAAGACAUACAACCCUCCCGAAAAAGUUGAACCUCCAGUUCCAAUGCCCGCAGAAACAAAACCAUACAUACCACCCGAUUUUAAAAUAGUUAUAGAACCUAAAACACCACGCGAAGCAGCAACGACGCCUUUAGUGGAAGCUUUGACAACGGCGCCUGAUAGACCAUUUACGCCAAUAACCACCUAUGAAGAAAACCCAAAUCGCAAUCAAUCAAUAUCAAGGGGAUCGCUAAGGGAUGCCCUAACUAUUGCUCCAGAUAGGCCUUACAGUCCAUUUGGUACCAGUACAAGUACUAGUCAAACAAAUCAAUACAUGACAAGUACUAUUUCUCUGACAGAAACCAACCUAUCUGAUAUUGUCAAACCUAUUGCAACUCAAACAACAACUCAAAUGACUGAUCAUAUGCAUUCUGAAUUCUCAGCGAUGCAAAAUACGUGUAAGCUGCAGUCAUCUUCUGAAAUGUCUGCCUUUAGACCGGUUCCUAAGCAAGUAUUUCCCCCUCCGCAACCUGAAGAGUUUUGCAUGCUGCAAAACUUUCCUCCUAUUAGUAAUGAAUUAAAAACCAGCUUCACUCAGGCAACCAAAACAAAACAAGAAACAUCUUAUUCAGAAUCAAUGAUGAUGCAGCAGUCUUCACUCUCGACUACUAUGGCCAGUCAAGGGUAUUCUUCGGUUAAAACGGCUCAAAAUUAUUUUGAACAAUUAGACAAAAAGGAAUCACUAACUUCAACUGCGGUUAGGUCUAAGUCUGGAUUGCAUAAACCCGAUAGUAUUCCACCUUAUCAAAGAAACUUUGAACAGCUGCCUUCACAAAGAGGAAUUUCACCAGAUAUGUAUAAUGCUCCCGCAGUUUUGCAAAGACCGGUUACGCCAACAACUAACCCACCCACUAGGCCGAAGGAAAAAUCGCUUGAACCAAAUCCACAAGCACAACCGCAGUCUCACUAUGUCUCUCCCCAAGUACAACCGCAAAGAGUUCCACAAAUAAAAACUCCUGUUCAGCAGCCUCCAGUACAGUUCCGUAAAGAAACUCCUAUUACUAUGACAUUUCAACCAGUUACUGAUGAUAACUUCAUGAGAGUAACAAGCAGUCCAGUUCCUCGCAGUAGUCGUCCAACAACUCCAAGUAGUAUGAUUAACAAACCGGCGCCGAUUAUUCCACAUUAUCAGAUGAAUUUAGUAACUGUAGAACAUUUGGCCCCAGAGAGCCAUUUGUAUGAACCGUCAAGUCGAGAAGGCAGCAGGUCGCCUACGCCGAAACCUAGAUCUCGAUCACCUGCGCAGGGUCCUCCUCCGAACCCGUUGAAAGCUCAAGCACCACGCAUUAAAGAUCCACAACCACAAUAUUAUUCAUCGGAUUCAUAUGUUUCUCAAGAUGCUACAAACUUACAAAGGCAACAUGAAAUGGAUCAAAGGAACUUCCAAACCGCAGCCGAAAUUUAUAAUACUGGUGCAACUAAGAGCUGGGGACAAAGUCAACAAAGUCAGCCUUGCAUGGUCAAAGAGCAGAAGCAUUCAAACGUCGGAUACAAAAGCGAAAAUUAUACUAAGGGCGAUAUGAAAUUUAAAGAAGACUCUUUAGUUCAAGAAAAUUACGGUCAAAGACAAAUGCAGUCUCAGAAUGUUAUAGAACAGGGAAAUACCACAGUACAUACGACUAGAAAAACAUUUGAAGAAUUUGAAAGAAAGCAAUCAGCUAAAGUAGUUGAGAUCAGAAAGGGGGGUUCAUCAUUUUCUGGGGCAUACGAAGAAAAUGUGGACUCUAACAUUCGACCUUCCAACAUUAACCCAAAACAAGUGUUUCCACCACCUAUGAUGAGUUUGCCACCUACACAACAGAGUUCAUCUCUUAACCUUACUAAUCAAAAUAUGCAGUCCGCCAAUAGAACAAUAGACAAUUACGAUCCAAAGCCUUCGAUUUCUGGUGCUAACCUAGGUCCAGUGUGUGAUCCUACCCCAUCGACAGGUUCGAGUGUAGGAGCUGCCGCUCGUGGCAAAACUUUUGGUGUUUCCUCCGCACCAAAACGAGGAAGGGGUGUUUUGAAUAAAGCUGCGCUGCCCGGCUCCCGUGUCCCACUAUGCGCUUCCUGUAAUGGGCAUAUUAGGGGACCAUUCAUUACGGCUUUGGGCCGCAUCUGGUGUCCUGAGCACUUCAUUUGCGUGAACGCUACGUGUAGGCGCCCGCUUCAGGACAUCGGUUUCGUUGAAGAAAAUGGUCAACUAUACUGUGAAUUCUGUUUUGAACAGUACAUCGCCCCUGCCUGCGAUAAGUGUCACGCCAAAAUUAAGGGCGAUUGCUUAAACGCUAUCGGCAAGCACUACCACCCAGAAUGCUUCAACUGCGUAUACUGUGGAAAACUGUUCGGAAACAACCCCUUCUUCCUGGAAGAUGGUCUGCCAUACUGUGAAGCUGAUUGGAACGACCUGUUCACGACAAAAUGUUUCGCUUGCGGCUUCCCCGUGGAGGCAGGCGACAGGUGGGUCGAGGCGCUCAACAAUAACUACCACAGUCAGUGCUUCAACUGCACGGUGUGCAAAAAGAAUCUCGAAGGACAGAGUUUCUUCGCCAAGGGAGGUAGACCUUUCUGUAAAACUCACGCCCGCUAGAAGUCCUCAGCAGUUAAUGUAUAACUCCGACACUGUUUACACGACUACUACUUUUCGACCUGUUUCUCCUUCACCUAUCACGCCUCCUCUCAGUACGCCCUCUCCCCAGAGAACUAGGAAGUUGGAAACGCCCCUCCACUUCGAUGGAGGACUGUUUUCCGACAUAAGAAGCACUGAUGGCAAGUUACUCAGCAAAGUCACCGUGGAUCGAGUUCAAAAUUCUGUACGACAUGACACUACUGAUUCCCCAACCAUUAUCACAAAAGGGAAUAAUUACAUAAAUGACAUCGUUAAAACUGAGACGAUCACAAACGAAAAUGUUAUCACGGUAAAAUUCACUCCAGUACCGCCAGAACUCGAUUCACCGAGAUUAUUGACACCGUCACAGAUGUACAGGAUUCAACAGAAGAGUCCCGUCGAAUAUAUUAAAGACACUUAUGAAGAUUUACAAAGUUACAAGAUUGUAAAUUCGUUGUGUAAGGAUAAGUUAUUUGAUAAGGAUAACUUGCAACCGAUAUAUAACGGGGAUAAAAACUCUUUCGACAAUCCUGUUGUUUUAGUACAUUCGCUGAGUAAAGAAAAUGUAUUUGAUAAAGAUAGCUUGGAGCCUGAAUUAAAUCUAGAGGGCAAAAACUUUGACAAACCACAUGUGUUUGAGCCAAUAGAAAGAGCUCACAGUCCACUUGCAAACCUUCUCAUUUCAGAGCAGUUAACUAAGAUAGACCAUUACUUACAGGAGAGUUUAGACGUUUGUUCAGGUGUCAAAGACCGAUUUACUCCAACACCAGAUUUUACUAAAGAAGGGGUAACUGAACACUUGAUCCACACAACAAUCGAAGGAAAACAAGAAGAAAAUGUAGUAGAAUCGAAAUCGACGAAGAAUCUAAUUAGUGAUGAACCCAAGAAAACAUUCAAUACUCGCGAAGAGGAUAAACUAAGUACGAAUGAAACAAUUACAAAUGAAAUUUCAUUAAAUAAGGACACCAAAAAGAGUUUAUCUAAAGUAAACAGUGUCAGUGACAGAAAACCCGGAGUGCUGAGUGCUAUUUAUAAUAUGCCAAUACAUUAUCAUGCAGCAAUUCUGUGUUUCUUAUUAAUUAUAUACAAUCUUAUUUAUCAGUACGUAAAGCAAAACAGUCUUGGUAAUAAAACUAAAUAAGAUGGAAUUUUAGAAAUUAUACGCAUAUUUAACUAGUCAUUGAAUUCAGGGACAUUUUGUUUCUAUAUUUUUACCAAUUUGAUUGAAUAAGUUGUAAAUAGUCACAGGUAACAAAACCUUCUUGACCCCUUUCGUGUCUCAAUAAUCAAUAAUAUUUUAUAUCUAAUUAACAAUUUGGUGCUUUUCACUACUAGAAAUUGCUGGCAGUAUUGUGAUAAUUCACAUUUUAAAUAAGGCUUUGUAUACAGCUUCCGGAAUGUUGCAGUAAACUGUUACUAACAUUAACAGUAGUCCUAAAUAUUAAAAAUAUCGAGAAGUCAUAUAGAUCGGAGACAUACCGAUGAAAUGAUUGGUGCACCAACUAUACAAGAUAAUUAGAGUAAUGUAAUGUAUGUGUACUCUUAUAAGUUUUAAUAAAAUUGUAAUGUUAUUAUCAUGCA